AUGAUGGCGUCACAAACAGCCAAAACUCACGAUCCUAUGUAUAACUUUGACACACAUUUCCCGGAGCGUUUGUCCAGGCUUCAUCUCCACGGGGACUUCAACGCGUCGGGGUCGUUUCGAAAGAAAAAGAACCGCGCGCAGCGCAGCGGCGCCCGCUAUAAAACCCAGCCUGUCACCUUUGACGAGAUCAAAGAAGUCGACGAGGAGCCCAUCCCGCCCGCCGCCGCUGAGCAAAGUGGGGCGACACCAGAGCAGCUCAAGGGGCAGCUGCAGGCCUUCUCCCGCUCCAUGGACGGACUUCUUCCCAAAGGAGUCUUGGCAGAGCAGCAGCCGACUCCACCCCUGCAUCAUUUCUCUCACUCCAGAUCGGGCUCGAGAAAGUUCCAGAGGCACCCAGACUGUAUUCCCGAGCGGGCAGAGGAGCCCACCACUCCCCAACCUCAGCAAGACCCUAAUCAGAACAGGCUGACGGACCACACUCCGUCCAGCCCAGCGGUCAGUGUGGAGGCCGCGGCAUCGUUGAGUCCACCGGGGGAGUCUGGCGGAGAUGCACGCAUAUCGCCCCUGCCCUCCCCGAAUAUGGCCCCUAGACGCCAGAAGGUCACGGCCAAAGCUAAAAAACGCCAAAAAGCUUUCGAAGACACUGACAUCUGACCUCUGACAUCUGACAUCUAACGCACGCGUUCGACAACAGGGUCAACCUUUGUAUACCCGGGGGGAAAAAAUAACAGAGAGAAC